AUUCAGGGUUGACUUACCUAUUGAUUGGUUAACUCAUAGCCACAUGUUACAUUACAUCUAACCCAUUUUAUCAUGAAAGUAUAAGGCAAGACCGUCCUUUCAAAAUAGACAAAUUCAAAAGGCAAUACUGAGUGGAAUAGAGAUCAGCUACAAGUUAACCAAACCUACUCAAGAUUAUUAAUACUUCACUAUUUCAACAUUCAGAAAUGGAGGCACAACCAAAUGGUUGUGCGGGUGAACUGAAGAAUGAAUUGAAUGAAAUGCUUAAAGGAGUGGUUGUUCCAGAAAGGUCUGGAAUCCAUGAGCAAUGCAUCUACAGAGUACCACCAAGAAUUCACCAAGCUAAUCCACAAGCUUAUGCACCACAAAUUAUUUCCAUUGGUCCUUUUCACAGUCCACUUGGUUCAAAUAGUGACAACAUUCUGCAUAAAAUGGAACAACUCAAACUCCAAUAUCUCAAAGGAUUUCUAAAUAGAACAAAACUAUCCGUGGAUGAUUUAGUUUUCAAAUUUCAAGAGUGGGAGAAUAGAAUCAGAAGUUGUUAUGCAGAGAUUUUUAGCUUUAACAGCAAUGAUUUCUUAAAAAUCAUUAUAGUUGAUGCAUGCUUCAUAGUUGAACAUUUUCUUAGGUUUUCUGAAUACAGAAAUUGGGUGGAAAAUGAUCCUAUAUUACUAAAACCUUGGUUACACGGCGACAUUGCACGUGACUUAACCCUCCUUGAAAAUCAGCUACCAUUUUUUGUUCUUGAAGAUAUGUACAAAUUAGCUAGUAUAACCCGUGAAUUUCCAUCAUUUCUUGCAAUUACUAUACAUUAUUUUAAACCAUUGAACCUCAACCUGCAAAUCCUAAAUCCAGAAACAGUACAGUGUCCAAAACACUUCACAGAUCUUCUAAGAACAUUUUUGAUGCCGUCAUCAUUCGAUAUUGCACAAGAAGAAGGAGAUAUAAUUGAACAUGUAUACAGUGUGAGUCAACUAUCAGAAGCAGGAUUAGUGUUUGAAGUAAGUGAAAGUAAAUGCUUACUUGACUUGAAUUUUGAUGAUAAAGGUGUGUUGAAAAUGCCAUGUUUUCAUAUCCAUGAUGCAACGGAGUCAUACAUGAGGAAUAUAUUAGCAUUUGAAGAAUGUCACAUUUCAGAUCAAGAUUCACGUUACAUUUCUCAGUACUUGAGUAUCUUAGAUUUUCUUAUUAACACAGAAAAGGAUGUCAGUAUCUUGGUUGAUAAGAAAAUUAUUAUGAAUUUUAUGGGUGAUGCUAAUGAAGUGGCUAGAAUGGUUAACAAUCUUUGCAAAAAUGUUAUAGCGCCUAGACUCAGUUCAAAAUACAUGUCUGUAUGUAAAAAGUUAAAUGGUUUCUAUGAAAACCCUAGAAAUAAGUAUAAAGCUAUAUUUGUACAUGAGUACUUCAACACUCCAUGGAAAAUAGCAUCAACUGUAACGGCUGUGUUGCUGCUUUUGUUUACUCUUAUCCAGGCUGUAUGUUCAAUCUGCUCACUCUAAUGAUACAAUUAAUAUUGUAAUAUAUAUACUGAUCUUUAACUGCUUA